UGCUCAGAGUGGACCGGGUGUUUCCGAUCUGAGACCAACAUAAAUGCAUCAGCGUUUGGUGAGGCUGCGUCAGAAGUACGGUAGUGGCAGGGUUCUAUGUUUGUAUAUGUUUAUAAUUUAGGCGCAGAAGUCUGUCUUAAACAGUGCUCGUGCUAUUGAGGAGUUAUUUAAAGUGAUGUGUUUGUGUUAUUAAUAAGUGAUAGUUACUUUAGAUUGUGUGCACUGCUGUCUGUGUAAACAACUAAGUUACAUUAUACUAAGUACUUGGACGCAACACCAUAAUUUGUGUUUUUUUUGCAUUGAUAAUUUAAUAAUAUGUAGGUACCUAAAUAUAUCUCGUUACCGCGUUAACAGAGUCUUUCUGAAGUCUGUGUAGGGUUAUUUACUUUUUUACGUUUUGUUCUACGCAUAUUCGGUUUCAUUUUAACGAUGAGAUGAUAAGUCGUGAUCCCUGUGUUUGUAUCAGCUUUUUGUUUGUUUUUUGUUUAACUUUUUUUAAAAAAGACCUACACCUGCCGCUAGCUUAGAGUACUAUAAUGUCCUUACCGUUCUUAGUACGGUGUUAUUGUAACUAAGAUGCAAUGACAGUUGUCGAAUUUGGUUUUCCGGUUAAGUGCCAGUCUACCGAAUCAAACAGACUUCCCGGGUAGCUUGGCGAGACAGCUUUACCAUCAGCAUCGUUAAUUUCGUUAUUAUUAAAUAAAUAUUAUAUAAUGGCUGCAGCUCCCGCUCCGGGGGGUAGUGGUUCAGCUAGCUCGCCUGGUUCACAAGUGCCCGGCCCGGCUGGCAGACAGUUUCAGCCCAUGGUGGUGGUAUGGGAAUGGCAGGACGAUUUGGGUCACUGGCGCCCGUACAGCGGCCAGGUGAGCGGCUACAUCGAGCAGUGCCUGCAUCUACAACCGCAGCUGCGGGGACGCAGAACAGGAGGGCCGCCAAACACCAGCACCAGCAUCUCCCUCGGAUAUGCAGAUCCUAGCCUGGCGCCCUAUAUCAUAGACAUUCCUAGCAUGAAGCAGUUUCGCCAAGACACCGGUAAGAUGCGCUGUGUCCGUCAGACCCUGCUGCCUCAGUCGAGCGCAGUGGCCCGCGGAGUGACCUGGGAGUGGGCGAACGACCAAGGGGGCUGGACCCCUUACGAGAUCAACGUCUCCAUGCUCCUGGAGAACUCUUACCAGUCCCGCCAGCAGGGCGCAGACUUGGGGCAACUGGGCCACAAUUACCUAGUGGACUUGACCGCCCUGGCCCAGAUCAACAAGGCUACCAGCUUCAGGAGGCAAGUCAGGAGACAGGUCUCUGCUCCCUACCCCCCGGCCCCCGGGCCGACAGCCUCUGUGAUCCACUCCGGCCCAGCUUGCUCCUGUCAACAGUGUCUGGCCAACAGCGCCACCGGCCCCAUCAUGAGUCGCACUCGCCACUCCUUCGGGCAAGCGCAGAUGAGCCGACCCGUUCUCCACGGCCCCAGCCGGACAUCCGCACCAACGGCGGUGCAGUCUGGAGCCAGCUACUCCCCUUACCCCACCAAGCGGCCUCUCUCGGUGGGGAGCGCGGCCUGGGGCGGCCCCUGGCUUCCAGCAGCCUCGGCAGGCACCUUCACAGCAGCAGCUCAGUCAGCUGUCUCCAACGGGUUGAGUGUCGCCUCUGUCCCUGUGCAGCUCAAUGGACCUGGUAACCUGAACUCAGCCCUGGCAGGCAUGACGGCUAUUUUGAUGUCGGCAGCCGGACUUCCCGUGUGCUUCUCACGCACGCCUCCACAAACCAAAAACCACAGCUCCGUUAGGAGGGCAAAGAAAGAGCCCAGGAAAGCUGUAGCGCAGAAACCCGAAGAGGUGAUCAGGAAAUACAUGGAGAAAAUAGAGGUGCCUCCUGAAGAGGACUGCAUGAUCUGCAUGGAGCGGCUGUGCUCUCCCUCGGGGUACGACGGGGUGUCGGGGAGCCAGGCCAUCGCCCCGAGCGCCGUGGGCAAGUUUACAAAGUGUGGGCACGUCUUCCACCUGCUCUGCAUGCUCGCCAUGUACGACAACGGAACCAAGGAUGGCAGUCUGCAGUGCCCGUCGUGCAAGACAAUCUACGGAGAGAAAACAGGAACGCAGCCCAAGGGCAAGAUGGAUAUUUACAGCAUCCCCCAGUCACUCCCGGGCCAUCCUGACUGCGGGACCAUCCAGAUCAUCUAUAACAUCCCCCCUGGAGUGCAGGGUCCUGAGCACCCAAACCCUGGCCAGCCGUUCUCAUCCCGAGGAUUUCCCCGGCACUGCUACCUGCCAGACAGCGACCAGGGCAGGAAGGUCCUGAAGCUGCUGAAGCUUGCGUGGAACCGGCGGCUCAUCUUCACCGUGGGCACCUCCAGCACCACGGGGGAGCCAGACACGGUGGUGUGGAACGAGAUACACCACAAGACAGAGAUGCUGUCCAACGUGUCGGGGCACGGCUACCCCGACCCCAACUACCUGGACAAUGUGCUGGCAGAGCUGGCAUCCCAGGGGGUGACGGAGGAGUGUGUGAACGGGCAGUGAGCCUGGCAGGAGGCAUGGUCGGGGGGGUGAGGACUGAUGAAGAGGAACCACACCAAGAUCCUGGAACACAUUCUGAUAGGGGACCUCACCACAGUUUGACUAGACUAAUAGGAGGACCAUUGAGGUUUUUCACUGGCAAUUGGCCCAGUGCUCCCCAUGAAAUACUGGAACUUUCUCUUUUAUAAAACAGCGUAUUUAAUGUACAGUAUAUAUUUUUCCCUGUUGUGACUAGAGGUUGUCCUUGUGAUGCUUACCCAUUUUAAUAUACUGUACAUUGAAACAUA